AUGUCUCUCCGCACGUUGUCGCGGUCGGUUUGCGCGGCUGUCGUUUUCCUCGUCGUCGUCGUCGGGGUCCGAUCCGGCGAUCUCGAUGACGGUCCUGCUAACCACGAAUACCCCAAGACCUGGUUCGCGAAAAUCUUCUACGAGACGCUGGCUGACUUCACCGGACCCACAGACGUGGGCAGUUCGGCGUGCCGCCAGCAGAUGCAGAUGUACGUCAGACACCUGCAAAACGAAUCGCUGUGGGCUGUGCAGAUGUCCGAUUCGUGGAGUCGGUAUCCAAAUGGCAUACUCGUCGGAACUUCGCACCAGAUGGGCGUGUACGAAGAGUGCGUCAAAGUGCACAAGCCCGUUAGGGGUAAAUACUGUAUACCAUCCGUCAAGAUCAGCUCAUCUACCGGUGCCGAUUUUACAUCUGGAAAAACCGACCAACUACACAGCAAUGACAACGCCUGGCAAGAGGUACUCGGGUUUGUAAAUCGAGACAUCCGACUGCACAGAAAUAUCGUGAAAUUCGGCAUUUGCAUACCGGAAUCUUGUACAGCUGCUGACCUCCAGGUUACGCUGCAAAAGGAAUUCGACACGCACUUCCUACCGCACCAGAUCAACGCUCAAGUCAAAGUUGACUCGAUAUUGUGUUCGACGGACAAGGACGCGUAUCCGUACGAAACUGGAUACUAUUUUACCAGUUCACUAGUUGGAUUCUUUGUCUUGAUCUGCUGCGUGUCGACGGCGUACCAUAUGAUGGUAAUAAUAAGGACUGACAACGGGAAAAAGAGUAAAAUGCCGGAAGCAUUUAACACGUUCUCGCUGAUUCGGAACGGCAGAGAUCUGAUCAAGUAUAACAGAAACAACGAUCUGAACAUAUUCAACGGGCUAAAGGUUUUUACCAUGAUUUUGGUGCUGUUCGGACAUAAAUUUCUGUACUUCAUAAUAAAUCCGAUCACGUACUCGAUGCAACUCGAAAAGUUGUACAAGGAAGGACCGGAUUUCUUAUUGACGUCCAUGAAUUUGAUCGAUCCGUUCUUUUACAUUGCCGGCUAUUUAAUGUACGUCAUGCUGAUCCCACAAUUCAACAAGCCCGGCACCAGUUGGUACCAGAUACUUAUGGUGAUCGCAUACAAAUACAUGAAGGUUUUACCAUCUUACGGGAUUGUCAUGCUGAUGACGGCUUUCGUCGUACCACAUUUGGGCGACGGACCGUUUUGGGCUUCGAGAAUAUGGCCCGAAGCAGAUAAAUGCAAAAACUAUUGGUGGGCUAAUAUAUUGGCAGUCAGCAACUUCAUACCAGUCGAAAAUCAAUGUCUCAUUGCUGGCUGGUAUGUAUCGUGUCUGCUCCAGUUUCUCGUCAUUGGGACCACUGUGGUUUACGUGUGCGUCAAACGCCGAAAAAUUGGAAUAUACCUGGUUGUCAUGCUCUUGUGUGCGUCUUUGGCGAUAUCGUUUGUUACAACCUACAUCAACCAAGCUUACGGAAUAGUUCGUGUCAUGUAUUCGUUCUUGGAGAAUCCAAGCAAUUCAAUGGAGUUCAGAAAUUACUACCGACCGUUUUUCUAUCGGGGUACACCUUUCUUCGCCGGAAUACUUGCCGGAAUCGUGGUGGAAGAGCUGAAAAAACGAAAAAUUAAGUUUCCCUCGUCCGUCGUCUACGUCGGGACUCUGGUGGUCAGCGUCGUUUGCAUUUGGGGCCAGCUGUACGGUGCAAGGUUCCACGACGUGUCCAGACCAUACGACGUACUCGAACAGUCGGUGUACGCAGCUUUCAGCCACUGCACGUGGGCCAUCAUACUGUUCUGGUUGACGGUGUGUCAUUUCACCACCGGUUUCGGUUCAAUAGAAAAAUUGCUCAACAACAGAUUAACAGUGCCACUGGGCAGAUUAUCCUAUACAGUUUAUCUUGUCAACAUCACCGUCAUGAUGAUGAUAGAAAGUAAACAAAGAACGUCCGUAACCCCUUCGUCAUAUUUGUUGAUUGAUGGAUGGAUUUUCGGAGCAUUUAGAACGUACAUGGUGGGUACUAUGCUGUAUUUGCUCAUCGAAGCACCGUCAGGGCUGUUGAUCAAACAAUUAUUGUUCGGAAAGAAACACGAACACGAUGGGUCUGUGAUGACGCCAAAUCGGACGGACUUCGGCAACAAAGCGUCUGAAGAAACGGAACAAAAAAACACUUCACGUCUGUAG